CGGCAGCGCGGCGCCCAGCCGCAGCGGCAUCAUGCCGUAGAAAAAAGCCUCGCACAGCACGACGACCUCGCGGCCCGGGUCGCGCGCGUGCAGUGUUGCGAGCGCGGUCUUGACGCUUGACCACUGCGCGGGGAUGGCGUCGAGGGUUUGGUGGUUCGAGUCGAUGAUGGACGGGGGUAGGGCAUCUCCGUUUGUUGUGUUGCUGUUAUUGGAGUCAACGUCUGUUGUUGCUGGGACGGGUAGCUGUUUUGGAAACAGCGUCGUGUCGUCGAGGUCAGCUCCGCUUUCCACGGGCAUGAACUCGAGCCCCGCCGCCUCGAUCCGUGCCCGGUACGAGGUCGAGCCUAGGAAUCUGAUCUCGGCCCAUCCGCGCUCGCGCAGCCCGGCGGCGAUGCGGCAUACGGGCGUGAAGUGGCCGGUUAGUGGGUGGCAGGCGAAGAGAAGGACUGGCUUCUGCUUUGCCUGCUCCAUUCUCUCUUUUUUUUCUUCCUUUUUUUUUUACCCAAGUUUUCUCUUUUCCUGUCCCUUAAUUCUUGGUGAGACCGCCACGAAAAUGGGAAUUUAGGGUUCGAUGUGAUUCCGCUGGGAAGAUAUUUUGUACGCGGAAGAUGAUGGUGCCGAUGUGAAGAAACGAGCCGCGAUUCGUGGCCUGUGUGCGAACUAUCGUGCAGUGAUUGGGUAAACCUAAUGAAAUGUGGGGCCCGACAAGUAAUUAACCCUGGUUGAACUGAUUCAGGGCCAUGUUUGGCAGCGCGCUUUAUUAUUGUUUUAAGUUUAUGUUCUAUUUGGUUUUGUUGGAACCGCUUUGUUUGUAUAAACCAGAUGGUCAAUGAAGCAUUUC